AUGCAGUAUUUCGAUGGAACUGAAAAGGUGUUUUCAGGGUAUGACUGUCUGGAUAAGUUUGGGGAAUUUUUAUUUUCUGCAACACACAAAGGAUAUACAGUCAUCGCACAUAAUAUGCAAGGGUAUGACGGUAUGUUUCUUCUUAAUUACCUAAUACGACAGUCAGUAAAACCCAAAGUGAUCAUGAGGGGUUCUAAACUUCUUUGCAUCACAGUACAAUCUUUGAGCAUAAGAGUGAUUGAUUCUCUCAAUUUUUUUGCGAUGAGUUUAGCAAAGCUGCCCAAAAGUUUUGGACAGGAAGAGGUGAAGAAAGGGUAUUUUCCUCAUCUUCUCAAUACCAAAGAGAAUCAAGAAUAUUUGGGGUUGAUACCGAAUCGCGAGAUGUACUGUUAUAAUCAAAUGAGUCCAGACGAACGUGUUAAGUUUAUGGAGUGGUAUGACGAACACAAGUUUGAAACUUUCAAUUUUCGGAAGGAAAUAGACGAAUAUUGCAGAUCUGACGUAGACAUUCUGCGAAGAUGUUGUUUGAAAUUUAGAGAAGAGUUUAUUUCUACGAAUAAGACAGAUCCCUUCACCUUCGUAACGAUUGCUUCAGCUUGUAUGGGUGUGUAUACCAGUUUACACAUGAAAGAAAAUACAAUGUCUGUGAUGCCCCCAAACGGCUAUGUAAAUAAUACCAAUGCUAGUGAAAUAGCAGCCCAAUGGAUAGCCUACAUGGAAAAAAAGAGACAGUUGUUAGAGUUAUUCUUACUUUUGGUUUUAGGAAAAUGUAUACAAAGUUCACAGAGAGAUAGGGGUGAAAUUAAGAUACGAGGGUACUUCGUAGAUGGAUAUCAACCUGAAGAAAAGAUAAUAUACGAAUUUCAUGGAUGUUUUUAUCAUGGUUGUGACAUUUGUUUUCACGAUGCUUCCAUUCACCCUCUCUAUAACCGUCCUAUGUGGGCAAUUAAACGCGAAACUUUAAGGAAGGAGUUUGAAUUGAAUCAGGCUGGUUAUGUUGUUGUCUCUAUUUGGGAACACGAUUUCAUAAAACUAAAGAAAGAAGAUAAAGGACUUCAGGAAUUUCUCUUAACAUUUAAAGCUAAACAUCGUCUUAAUCCUAGAGAUGCUUUUUAUGGGGGGAGAACGGGUGCCGCAACAUUGUAUCACUGUGUUGAAGGAAAUGAGAAAAUCAAAUACAUUGAUUUUACAUCGCUUUACCCUUAUGUCAAUAAGUACUGUGCAUAUCCUGUAGGCCAUCCUGAGAUCAUUCUCGAAAACUUCGAAUCGAUCGAAAAAUAUUUCGGUCUUAUUUAUUGCAAAAUAUUGCCUCCAAGAUCUUUAUUUCAUCCUGUUUUACCCUUCAAAUCAAAUGGAAAACUAGUUUUCGGUCUAUGUUUAAUAUGCAUCACCACAAGAAACCAAAGUGUAUGUGACCAUACAGAAGAUGAGCGGUGCUUAGAGGGUACGUGGACAACUUUAGAAAUAAGCAAGGCAUUAGAAUGUGGCUAUGAACUUAAAGAAAUUUUCGAAAUAUAUAAUUUCAAGGAACAGUCCACCGAUUUAUUUCGGUCUUACAUUGACACUUUCUUAAAAAUAAAGCAGGAAGCUUCAGGUUGGCCAGCUGGUUGUGAAAAUGAAGAAGAAAAAUUGCAAUACAUUGAGGAUUACUUCACUCGUGAAGGAAUUCAGUUAGAUUUUUCUAAGAUUGGACUGAAUCCAGGUCAACGAUCCCUUUCAAAACUCAUGCUAAACUCCUUAUGGGGAAAAUUUGGACAGGACCAGGACAAGCUUCAAACUGUGUUUGUGUCGACUCUGGCCGAGUUUAACAACUAUUUUGCUGAUAAGAAGAAUGAAAUUCAUAAUGUAUCAUUUCCUACAGAUGAGAUUGCACUUAUGCAAUACAAGAUUAAGAAGGAGUAUCUCGGCAGUAAUCCGGAGACGAAUCUUUUUAUAGCUGCGUUCACGACUUCACACGCAAGGCUCAAAUUGUACAGCGAGAUAGAAAAACUAGGGGAAAAGGUACUUUAUUAUGAUACAGACUCAAUCAUUUACAUUUCAGAUGAAACGAAUGAUCCACCUCUCGGCAACUAUUUGGGCGAAUUCACGAAUGAGCUACCUGCCGGAGACUAUAUAACGGAGUUUGUAUCUGCAGGCCCUAAAAACUACGCCUAUAAAACAUGUUCAGGUAAAACAGCUUGCAAAAUUCGAGGAUUUACCUUAAAUUUUGAGAAUUCACAAAUUUUAAAUUUUUCAACCCUGAGAGAUGUCGUGACAGAAAAUGAGAGAGGUACAUUAGUUACUCUAAACCCUAGAAAAAUAAGCCGUGAUUUGAAAGGUGCUAGAGUUGUAAACAGGAGAGAAGAGAAAAGAUAUAAGUUCAACUUUGACAAACGUGUAAUCUUAGAAGAUUUUAAAACCUAUCCAUAUGGUUAUUGA